AUGCCGCCUCCGUCAGCAUCCCACCGUACGGCAUCUGCCCUAUUCCGUCAUGACACGCUCACCUUAAUGUCAUCAACGCUCAGAGCCGGUCCAACUCUGACUGGCGGGAGACGCCUGUCGUGGCUCCACAAUGAUUUCCGCCCUCGCCAGCAUGGAGCGUUUCCAUCUCAAUUCUCCGGUCAUCUGGCGAGACCUAGACCUCACCCCCAUCUGAUAGAGUUUGUGCGGGGAAAGAAGACGAGAUCCACGCUGAAGCUAUCAGAUCUACCCCAGGGAGCCAUCCCUCCCUUGGAAGUGCAGCCUGGCGGCGCGGAGGAUGCCGGUCCCGCCUAUCCGACUGUGAUCUUGCAGGCUCGGCGGAACAUGCAAAAGUUCGACAAUUGCGUGCUACUAACCCGUGUUGGUGGCUUCUACGAGCUGUACUUUGAGCAUGCUGAUGAGUAUGGGCCCCUGCUGCAUCUCAAGGUCGCCCAGAAGAAGACGAGCGCAGGCCCAGUACCCAUGGCGGGGUUCCCCUUUUUCCAAUUAGACCGAUUCCUUAAGAUCCUCGUCCAGGAUCUGAACCGAUAUGUGGCCAUUGCAGAGGAGUUUCCUAAUAAUGCCGCCGAUAAGGUAAAGUCCGGGGGCCUGAUGCAUGACAGGCGAGUUGCCCGCAUCAUCACGCCAGGUACACUCAUCGACGAGAACUUUAUAGACCCUUAUGCCAACAACUACGUAAUGGCAAUACACGUAACUCAGCCCCAUAAUCAACGCGAGCAAGGACAAGGACGAGAACAAGAACAAGAACACGGGCAAGGUCAGCAACAGCAAGAGGAAGACAGCAGAACCCCCGCGGAGAUUGAGCCCGAGCCCGAGCCCAGGGGGAUCAUAUCUGACCCAGGUCAGGUAGCAUUGACCCCGGAUUUGAGAGGAGCUGACCUUCCCCUCUCCGCGCCCAACGGAGAACGCCUCUCUCUCGGUCUAGCGUGGCUCGACUUGUCAACGGGUCAUUUCUUCACUCAGUCCACAAAUCUGUCGUCACUAUCUUCCAUUCUCUCGCGAGUCGGUCCGCGUGAGGUGAUUCUGGACAAGAAUUUGCAGUCCAGCGAAGAUCAUGACAUUUUCACAACCCUUGCGGAGGAUAGGUACGUGAUAACGUAUGCCUCCCAGGGCGACCGUAGACUGGAGCUGGAUGAGUGGGCUCCUAUGCUAGAGUCUGAGCUCCCUCGAGACGCUCGGGAUGCCUUCACAGAAGGUGAGGUGUCGGCCGGCAGCCUACUGCUGCGAUACGUAAAAGAUCGGCUGCAGGGUAUGAGCAUGAAGCUCCAGCCGCCGCUGCGCCACGAGAAUAUGCACAUUAUGAGCAUUGACAAAAACACCCUGAGAGCCCUCGAGAUCAAGCAGACGAUCCGUGAUGGCUUUUUUCGUGGGAGCUUGCUACAUGCCAUCCGCAGAACGGUGACCAAGAGCGGCGCUAGGCUGCUUAAUGAAUGGCUGAGUUCACCGUCCACUUCUCUCGACGUUAUUACCGGUCGCCAAGAUCUCGUUGCACGAUUUAUCGAGAAUGAGACUCUCCGAGAGAACAUCAUACUUCUGCUCCGGAGGUGUCAUGACUCGCAGCGUCUUGUCCAAAAGUUCGCCCUUGGUCGAGGAGACGCGGACGAUCUCGUCGCGCUGGCAAACACGAUCCGAUCCACCGAACACAUUGUGCAGCUUCUCGAGGAACAUGUUCAACAGAACGUCGACGAUACCGAUGGCGCCUCUCCACCGGAGAAUGACUGUUUAACUACAAUGGCCAGCCGAAUUAUUCUGGAUGGACCCCUCCAACUCGCCAACCGAAUCAAGGAGGCCGUUGAUGAAGAAGGAAUCGUCUAUCGGCAUGAAAUCCAGGAGACGGAGGCUAGCCAAAUGCUGGCUCUGGCCCAAGAAGUCGUCAGCUCAGAAGGCACCAAUGAGGACACAGCCGUGCUCCCAAAGGCUAGCAAGUCGAAGAAACGCGCAACCAGCCUGAGAGAGUACUACGGCGAGGACAACGAGCCAUGGGUCAUGAAACCCAACGCUAGCCCCUCGCUCAAGAAACUUCACCGGCAGCUCGACAAGCUCCUUAUUGAAAAAGUUCAGCUCGGCGAAACCCUACGCGAUCGGCAUAACGCCCAGUCGCUUAGCCUCCGUUGGAGCCCUGGCCUAGGCCAUAUCUGCCACGUGAAAGGGAAAGACUCGCGCAACCUCGCCGACCUCAAGACGUUAAGCUCGAGCCGCUCAACUCGCUCGUUCCACGUCCCGGAGUGGACGGACCUCGGACAGCGCAUCGACCAGACGCGCCUCCACAUUCGGAACGAAGAACAGCGCGUCUUCCAAGACCUCCGCGAGCGAGUCGUCCUCAACCUUGUCAAGUUGCGCCGCAACGCGGCCGUGCUCGACGAGCUUGAUGUGACAACCUCCUUCGCCGGCUUGGCGCUCGAGCAGAAUCUAGUGCGACCGCAGCUCAACAACUCGACGGGCCACACCAUCAUGGGCGGCCGGCAUCCCACCGUCGAAGGAGGCCUCCACGAGCAAGGCCGCUCCUUCAUGCGCAACGACUGCCUCGUCGGAUCCCCUUCCCACGGGCGCGUCUGGCUCAUCACGGGCCCUAACAUGGCGGGGAAGAGCACUUUCCUCCGCCAGAAUGCGCUCAUCACUAUUCUCGCGCAGAUAGGCUGCUACGUCCCGGCGUCCUUCGCUUCUCUCGGCAUCGUCGACGCCAUCUUUAGCCGCGUGGGAUCGGCGGACAAUUUAUUCCGGGACCAGAGCACCUUCAUGGUUGAGAUGCUGGAGACGGCACAUAUCCUCCGCGCGGCGACGCCAAGAUCGUUUGUCAUCAUGGAUGAGAUCGGGAGAGGAACCACGCCGGAGGACGGCACUGCCGUGGCGUAUGCGGCUCUGCAUCAUCUUGCGACGGUGAAUCGGUGCAGGACGCUCUUUGCGACGCAUUUCCAUGCCGUGGCUGACAUGGCGGCGGAGGCGGGCUUGUGUGGUAGUGAUGAGCAGAAGGAGGGCAAGAAGAAAAGGAAGAGCAAAGGGACAGGGCAGCCUGAUGCUGAAGGGUCGGUCGUGGAGAUGUAUUGUACUGAUGUGGAGGAGGAUGGGCUUGGUGGCUUCGUCUACGUGCACAAGUUACGCAAGGGGAUUAAUCGGCAGAGCCACGCGCUCAAGGUUGCGAGGCUGGCAGGACUGCCGGAGGCUGCUAUCGCGACGGCGAAGCAGGUUCUCGAGAAGACUAUGGCGUAG